AUGGCUGUGAUUGCAUCCCAUCACAAUGCAGUGGACGGCCCGUCCUUGGGAAACAUGAUUUCAAGGGUCACCCUAGUUCCCUUCUGCCUGCCUACCGACCUUCUGCCUGUUAUCGUUUACGUCUUUGAUCUCCCCUGCAUAUGUGGUGCUUGGGCAGAUGGGGAUAUACGGAUAGGAAUUCUCAGUUCUUGCCAUUCUAAAGUACAGACACUACAUGUGAGAGAACGUCCUGAAAAAUACAACUGCACAGGAUUAAAUCUCAUUUCACUUGUAAGGACUCUAGCUGUUGUGCAUACUAUUGAAACAAUCAAUAACUCCAGUUUCCUCCCGGGUGUGCGGCUGGGCUACUACAUCUGUGACACUUGCUCUCAUGCAUCAAAGGCCAUUCAGAGCACCGAGCAGCUUCUCGCUGUUAAUGGCACACUGCCUGUCCAAUGUGAAGUGCUUGAAAGGCCUAAUGUAAAAGCAAUCAUUGGUGCACGUUUCUCAGAAGAUUCUCUUGCAGUGGCUCGACUUCUGAGUCUAUACAUGGUCCCACAGAUAAGCACAACAUCAUCUGCACAAACGCUUAGUGACAGCAUCCGAUACCCAGCAUUCCUGCGCACAAUUCCCAGUGAUGUUCACCAAACCAAAGCUCUGGUUAAUUUCAUGAAACACUUUCACUGGGAUUGGGUUGGGGUGGUCUAUGGGGAUGAUGACUAUGGAAAAAAUGCCUUACAAAGUUUCUUAGCUGAUUCAGAAGAUGCAGAUAUAUGUCAUGCUUUCCAGGAAGUAUUGCCUCAUUACCUAGCAAACAAUGAUAUCGACAAAAGGAUCCAAGAGGUGGCAGAAACAAUCCGCUUAUCUGAAGCUAAAGUUGUGGUACUUAUCUUAAAGGAAGAGCUGGUCUCAAAACUGUUCAAGGAGAUGAUUUGGCAGAACAUCACGCGUAUUUGGAUUGCAAGUGAUGCUUGGUCAAUGUCACGAAAUAUAUCUCAAAUGGAGGGAAUCAACCAAGUAGGUGACAUUUUUGGGUUCACUUUCAUCACUGGUCCCAAUCCUGGUUUUAAGGAGUUUUUGCAGAAACCUACUUUUCCUCCGGGAUCUGUAAACCUUUUUCUUGAGGAAUAUAGGCAGUUAGGGAAAGAUACUGGUUCUCUAACAGAAGCUGUCGACAUCAGCAUGACCUAUGGGGAAAGGUUAGCUGUAUGGUCUAUUGUUCAUGCUUUGAAACGUCUUCUAAACUGCAAUGAAACUGAUUGCCCUGGAGAACGGGAUUUUCCACCAUGGAAGGUAACUCCUCAAGGAACUGAAAACAUCAGUUUUACUAUGGACAAUCAAACAUUCUAUUUUAAUGCAUCUGGAAAUUUUAUGAAUGGAUAUGAUUUAAUAAACUGGCAAGUUCCUGUUUCCAUGUGCUCUGCUACUUGCCCUCCUGGUACAGCUAAGAAACUACUUAAAACAUCAUGCUGUCAUAAUUGCACACAAUGUUUAGAGGGUACUUACUCUAAUGAAACAAACUUACCAAAUUGCCUUCCUUGUGAAAAUGGUACUUGGUCUUUGAAAGGAUGGAUUUCCUGUAAGCCAAAGGAAGAGGACUACUGGACAUGGGAUGGGUCCCAUUCUAUAAUUCUACUCACAUUUACUGCAAUAGGUUAUCUUUUGUUGUUGUUCACCCUUAUCAUAUUCAUGGUCUUUUAUGGAAAACCAGUCAUGAAACAGGCAGGGGGAACCCUAUGUUUUGUAAUAAUGGUUGGGUUAACACUCAGCUAUACUAGUGUAAUAUUGUUCAUUGGCAAACCCAAUGUUCACAUUUGCAGGGGUCGACAAAUCUUGUAUGCCUUAGGGUUCUCUCUCACAGUUUCAUGUAUUUUGGUUAAAGCACUACGCACCUUUGCAUCAUUUCUUCCACCGCAUCGUCAGAGACAUGCUAAAAGGUUUUACAAGCCUCCUGUUAUCAUAACCUGUGGUACUCUCAUUCAAGCCCUAAUCUGCAUCUUGUGGUUGAUAUUUGAUUCUCCAGGUGUAGAGGCAAUUCAGUUUGACCAAAGUAUGAUAAUUAUUUUACAGUGCAGUGAAGGUUCUGGCAUUGGAUUUGGUAUCAUGCUGUGCUAUAUUGCACUGCUAGCGUUUGUCUGCUUUUUGAUGGCCUUCAAAGGGAGAAAGGUGCCUCAGGCUUUCAAUGAGACUGGUCACAUCAUCUUAAGCAUGCUAAUUUACCUUUUUGUUUGGGUCUGUUUUACCCCUGUAUACAUUGCUAAGGUCAACGAGCGCUAUUCAAUUCAAGUGGCUGCCAUCUUGGUGUCAUGUUAUGGAGUUAUCUUCUGUCACUUUGCACCUAAAUGGUACAUGGCUCUCUGCAAAAGAAAGAACAACUUACUCGAGAGGCAUAUAUUGCAAGAGUCAAUAAUCAUAUAG